GUCUGAGGUCGGCGGGGGCGGGGCACAGUCGGCGUGGGUGGAGUCGGCUCUCGGGACGGGCAGGGCCAGCGCGAGGCGGGGCGGGGCCUGCGCUAACGGUCGCGCGGCAUUCCUCGCGCGAAGGUAGUCGAGCCGUUGGAUUGUGGGCCGAACGCGCUGUGGAGAAGCGGCCGGGCGGGGCCUGUGUGUAGCGGACCGGUGUCCAGGUGCGAGGAGCAGCUAAGCGAGCGCUCCCAGGAGAAGCCGGCGCGGACGCCUGAGAUAAAAGAAUGGCUAACUCCAUUGCAUCAAAGAACUUUACUGCACUUUCAGACCUGCAUCCAAAUAUGGCUAAUCUGAAAAUAAUCGGCAUAGUUAUUGGAAAAACAGAUGUCAAAGGCUUUCCAGACAGAAAAAAUAUUGGAUCAGAAAGGUACACUUUCAGUUUCACCAUUCGUGAUUCAACAACCCAUUUUGUAAAUGCAACAUCAUGGGGCAAGGAAGAUUAUAUCAGAUCACUUUCUGACGGCUUUCGUGUUGGAGAGUGCGUGAUAAUUGAAAAUCCCCUGAUCCAAAGAAAGGAAUUAGAAAGAGAAGAAAAGUUCAGCCCUGCAACUCCUAGCGAUUAUAAACUAUUGCUCAGUGAGAAUCACUCAAUGGUAAAAGUUUGUUCCAGUUAUGAAGUGGAUGCCAAGCUACUUUCUUUGAUAUACUUACCUGUUAAAGAGUCUUGUGAUUAUUAUUCAUUGGGUGACAUUGUUGCAAACGGACACAGUCUUGAUGGGAGAAUUAUUAAUAUCCUUGCAGCUGUGAGGUCGGUUGGAGAGCCAAAAUACUUUACAACUUCAGACCGAAGAAAAGGCCAGAGGUGUGAAGUUAAACUCUAUGAUGAGACAGACUCUUCUUUUGCAAUGAUAUGUUGGGAUAAUGAAUCUAUUCUACUUGCACAGAGCUGGGUGCCACGAGAAACAGUAAUAUUUGCCUCAGAUGUAAGAAUAAGUUUUGACAAAUUUCAGAACUGCAUGACAGCAACUGUAAUCUCAAAAACCAUUAUUACAACUAAUCCAGAUACACCAGAAGCUAACAUCCUAUUGAAUUUUAUAAGAGAAAAUAAAGAAACGAAUCCUCUGGAUGAUGAAAUUGACAGUUAUUUGAAAGAAUCCACAAAUUUAAAUACAAUAGUUGAUAUCUAUACAGUUGAACAAUUAAAGGUAAAAGCUUUGAAGAAUGAAGGAAAAGCUGAUCCUAUCUAUGGAAUUCUUUAUGCUUACAUUUCUACACUGAACAUUGAUGAUGAAACUACAAAAGUAGUUAGAAAUAGAUGUUCAGGCUGUGGUUACAUUGUAAAUGAAGCAUCCAGCACUUGUACAACUUGCAACAAAGAUUCUUCAGAACUUAAAUCAGUUUUCCGCAGCUUCCAUAUGCUGAUUGAUCUUACUGAUCACACAGGUACCCUCCAUUCCUGUAGUCUCACAGGAAGUGUGGCUGAGGAGACUUUGGGCUUCACGGUAAAUGAGUUUCUUGCAAUGACGGAUGAACAGAAAACAGCAUUAAAGUGGCAAUUUCUUUUGGAAAGAAGCAAAAUUUAUUUAAAAUUUGUUUUAUCUCAUAGAGCAAGGGGUGGACUGAGAGUGAGUGUGCUCUCCUGUAAGCUCGCAGAUCCUAUCGAGGCAAGUAGGAACUUGUCUGGACAAGGAAAUAUUUAAAAACCAGACGUCAUUUUAAACUCUGGAAAAGAAUACGAGUUUUAACCACCUUUAAAGUGGAAAAUGAGUUUGAAAAUUACAGAUAAAAUUGUAUUUUGUUCAAAUGUGGUGAGAAUGUUUCUGUAAAUUGUUAUUCUGUUUCCCCCUGGAGUUGGUUAAGAGUAAAUCCUAAAAUCUCCCUCUUAUUCAAGUUCAUUUCUUAGAAGGCCUUUUCUACUGGCCUUGCCCUCUCUCUUCCCAAGUUGGAAGAUGUUUGCAUGAAUUAAUAAACAAGUUUAAUCUUUCCCACAAAUAUGAAUGAUUUC